UUCCUCUUCUCGCAACUCCAUCACUAUCAAUACAAACGGCAACAUCAAGACUUCAUCAGGACAUGGAGUCAUUCUAAUCGCUUCGUUCGCCACUUCUAUCUAGCCAAGGCAAGAUAGAGUCUGUCACCCUUACAGUCACUCUCCCCACCAACUCUCAACUCACUCCUCGUCCAGUCUCCACCCGGAGCCUGAACCAGCAAGACUUCGUCGUCGCUCCCAGCGUCCCGAGCUCUUCAAUCCAAACCGCAACCAUUCAAGCGUUGGAUUUCAACGUCUUCACCACGGCAAACCAGCAACCAUGGCGUACUUCAACCCCAGCAUCAUCGACUGCAUCGUCGCAGAACAAUCUCCAACACAGCUUCAACGAAGACUUCCAGCUCUUCGCCGUCCCAGAGGCCCCGCAAGUCUCUCAGACAGCCUUGCGUGCGCAGGCGACAUUGAGUACAGCCCCUAAUACCCAGAGACAAAUUCAACCCGGACGUCUCUCCAUCAACAAGGGAGUGUCUCCUGUUCAAUCUACUCUGUCACCGUCACUAGGGCAUAUCAAUCAUCGGUCUUAUUCCAGUCCAUCUUUGCAUCAACGACUUUCCCACCAGAACUUGCGUCAACUCGCUCACUUGCAGCGUCUUCCGCCAGUUCCUCCAUUCGACUCGUCUGCCACUGUUCCUCGUAGAACCCCACUCACUGUGAACGUUCCACAAGGCAACAUGUCUACUGCGUUCGACACUAUGUUCCUUCCGGGUGGUGACUUGCUCACCACCCAAGAUGAAUUCUUCAACUUCGGCACCAAUUUCCAGGCCAACACCGACUUCACUGCUGCUAACACCGGAGUAUCCGCCACUUCAAGUGGCACCGUAUCCCCAUCUGAGAUUUUCAAGGAUGAGUAUACUAUGUCGGCCCCGCCAUCCACGGCGUUCCCCAACUUCAGCACUCCGGAAUCUGGCUACCUCGAGUCGCCAGCUAUGCUCAGCAGCGGCCUCAAUACCUCACCCCUGGAAGAUGGUCUCCUCGAUACCCAGCUAAACUUCGCCGAGCUUGACAGCAUGGCUCCUCUCUUUCCUCAAGAUAGCUUCGAUCAAUUUGCUCAACAGACCAUGCCGGUCAUUGAGCAAAAGGACACUGCCUUCACAGCCGUGAAUGCCAAGCAGCCAACGGAGGCUCCUGCUCCUAUGGUUCGACAAAAGUCUUCUCCUGGUCGCCCGCCGUCCCAACCGUACACUCACGGUAGGAAGCACUCGGAUACCCAUGGUAUCAACAAAAUGAAGGCGCGUAAGCCCCUGGUCGAAAUCACUGUCGACAGUGAGGACGACAAGGAGACCGCCAAGAGGAAGAAGAACACUGCUGCUGCGCGGAAGUCUCGACAGCGCAAACAGGAACACGCCGAGGCGGCCGCUGCGGAGAUCCAACGACUGCGGGCCAUCAUCUAUCGCCUCGGCGCUGAUCCUGACGCUGAAUCAAGUUGAAGCAGGUGUCGAAUGCAACGAAUAUGGGAAUCUCUUUUGUCAAGGACAUAUGUCCUCGCUAUCGUCGAAAGGCAAUGCUCCGAGAGCGUUGCACCUUUCGAAUCCUCGUUAUGCACGUUGUACUACAAUUGAACGCUGUGUCUAUCUGCAGAUAGACCAAGCAGCUGCAUGACGCCUGGGGUUGAGGAUUCCAGUGGGCCUGAGAGCCAGGAGGGCUGGCCCUUUCCCCAACCGCCACGUCAAACCUUUUUUUUUGUUUCAUCGUUUCAACUGUGUUAUGAUUUCGACAAAAGCCAUCAUCGGAGUUGAUGGGUAUCUUCCUCACCGCGAAGAACGAUCCCAGGCUUCUCCUCGCUUUUCACAACAUGGCUACGAUUGCGACUACUAUUGCGUUUAUUCAUUUCUUGCGGCACCCAAGACACGAUCCGACCACUCGACGACACGUGUGAUAGCGGACUUCGGGGGAUAUCGGGUGUGAGCUUGGGGCAUAUUGAUUGUUUUUAUGACGAGAAUAUUGGCCGGUUCUGACUGUCUCCCAAGGGAUUGACUCGUGGCCUCGUGAUUUUUUCAUCGUUUUCUUUCUACCAGACGAUCAUCACAUUGCCUCCCUGGGGUUUCCGGAUGCAUCACAACACACUCUUUUCCAUAGCACGUUAUGCAAGCACUCCCUGCGAGUUCUUGCUCCUGACCACAUCUCGGUGCAGGUACAAAUGCAACUCAAGUCCUUACUCCA